UAUGACUGCGUUCGGAAACAAUUUGGCAAUAUAAUGGUCAUAAUGGCCAUCUUAAAGGAGAAAAAGUUAAGGUCGACGGGAAAUAUGUUCGUCGUAAACCUCACGAUUUCCGACCUUGGAAUCUCUAUGUUCGUGGACCCAAUGGCUAUAGUUGGUAUCGCCGGAGGGUACGAAUUCUUCUACAAUAAAACGCCUCUAUGCGUUACCAUCGCUACAGUGUGUUUGGUCUGUUGCAUUGCCUCACUGCUCAAUAUUACGGCUAUCUCCGUAAAUAGGUACGUUGUCAUGUGCCACACCGCGAUCUACAACACCAUUUUCACUUGGCCAUCCACGUUCGUCUACUGCGGUCUGAUAUGGAUUGCUAGCAUACUGAUCGAAAUUCCUACGCACUUUGGCUGGGGUAACAACAAGUACGACUUCAAGGGAUUGGCCUGCCUCUAUGAUCGCACCUACGAUGUUUCCUACACGGCAUUCUUCGCUAUUUCGUCCAUCGUAAUUCCUCUCUUCAUCGUCAUCUUCUGCUACACGCGGAUCUAUUUUUUCGUGCGCAAUUCUCGGCGGCGUAUCGCGGCUAGCGCGCCCGACGCGCUAAUGUCGCAGCAGCGGACGCGCGACGAACUAAAACUGGCCAAAACGCUUUUCGUCACCUGCUUCGUAUUUUUCAUCUUCUGGGGAAUGUACGGCAUCACGGUCGUGUUCGGAAAUGCGUGGCCGAUGGAAUGGCACGCGCUCUCCCUACAGAUAGCACACUCGAGCUACUGGUCGAGAACCGCUCGUCGUGGGUUCGCGCGCCACAGCGGGAUGGCGGCAGCAGUGGCCACUAACACAUCAACGGUAGCGACCAGCGGCAACGAAACCGAAGAUGGCUGGGAGACUAGGAUGGUCGAGUUUCUCAAACCGUUGGCUGAAUAUCCGGGGUUUUGUUGGUUUCUAGUCGUAUUACUGACGGCUAUGACUGCGUUCGGAACAUUUGGCAAUAUAAUG